AUGGCCUGGGAAAAGGAAAACUGGAUAUCAUGUCACGCAGCUGCUGAUAAAUCUGGGGUCACCUGGAAUUGCUGUCUUGUGGGCUGGAGAGCCUUCCAGUCCAACUGUGUUUUUAAUGACAGCAAGACGUGGGCUCAGAGUGAAAGACACUGUAUGGGGACAGGGGCUCAUCUGGCCACCAUCAGCACAGAAGCUGAGCAGAACGUUAUCACUCAAUUUUUGGAGCGAUUUUCAUAUUUCCUGGGACUUACAGAUGAGAACCUUGAAAGCCAGUGGCAUUGGGUGGACAAGACACCAUUGAACCCACAGAUGGUAUUCUGGCCCGAGGGUAAACCCAACAACUACCAGAAAGAAAAAUGUGUUGUCUUUGUUAAUGACAAAGACAAAUGGGCCUGGAAUGAUUUUCCUUGUGACUUUAAGACAAGUAGGAUUUGUAAGAUACCUGGAGCAGCAUUCAACAAGAAGCCUAGGAAGGGUUCCCUGUUAUGAGGACAGAAAAGAAGAACCAAUUAGACUAGGGAAGAAUGUACAUGCAUCGUGGGAACAGAGAAAACAUUCUCGGUCAUAGAACAUUUUCAGUCAUGAUGGCCUUAGUUAUUCUUGUUUAAUUCAUUCAAGAUAAUGUGCUUUUGCGUAGUGUUUUGGUGGAAAAAAUCAUAUUUUUCUGUG